AUGCCCACAUUCCGAAUCGACGAAGCGUAUCUGAUUGGAGGGUGGUGUGCGUCUGCUUUAUGGGGCAUCUUUGGAUGCUUCAUCGUCUACGCCCUGUUCCAGGCGUAUGGCCUGUAUAAGCAAGGGAAGGCAACUCGGACCACGAAAGUGACCAUCGUUGCCGCGCUAGUUCUGUACGCCUUGUCUACGGCGCAUGUCGCCAUUGCGCUUCGCCGGCUCGUAGUCGGGUUUGUCGACAUCCAAGGCCCAGGCACAAUCCCGUACUUCGCCGAUAUAGGCGCUCCUCUCAACAAGGCGAAGGAUCUCAUCUAUACAACGAGUAUGAUCAUCGCUGACAGUGUGGUCGUCUGGCGUUGCUGGGUUGUCUGGAAUGGCAACCUUUACGCCCUUGCACUUCCCAUUCUGCUUGUGAUGGGAACUGCCGUGUCUGGCUAUGGUGCGGAGUCUCAGUACUUCCUGACCAACCCUAAUCCUGUCACUGCCGUCGACUUUGGCAAUGCUAUGUUCGCCGUGUCCUUGACGACGAACAUAUAUGUUACUUUGCUCACCAUGGGGCGCAUAUGGUGGGCUUCACGUCAGGCAAACGAGGGGCUAGGCACGAGUCCUACACAUUCCACUUACAAACGGAUUAUCCUGCUUCUCUUCGAGACGGGAAUGAUUAUCGCAUUGGCCAAGAUCUUUGAGUUCUCCCUCUUCCAAGUCGCCCCCGAUGCCGGGACGUUCGGUUUCAAUGCGCUUUAUGUGGUCUUCGACAUGAUACCGCACAUAAACGGCAUUGUCCCCACGGCCAUCAUCGUCAUCGUGCAUGCGCGGCGCGAUAGUACUAGUACCUAUUCUUCAUCGAAAGGCUCUGCGCUUUAUCCGCAAGCCUCCAUCGCAUUCGCCGCUGCUACUAGAUCACAAACGUCUGGCACAGCGUCGUACUCUGACGGCAAUCGAACUGCGGGGGGAUACGGUGGCAAAUCAGCCCGGUUCGUGUACCCUGAGGAAGGGAUCGCAAUGCAUGACAAGAUGGAUUCAAGCCACACUGAUCCUGCGAGCGAGAAUACCUUUGGCGCCGACCCCACCUUCACGGUGUGA